CUGGUCACUGGCGUUGGGUUUUUGGGGGAGCGGGCGGAAUGCGACUCAUAAACGCGAGAAGCCCUUUCGGGGAUUUGAGUCCGCAGAUAAUUGGUCCAAGGCUAAAAUUUGACGUCCAUGCCAGAGUACUGUUGCCCCAAAGAAAUUUUUUUGCUUUUCGUUUGAAAACUGACUCCUUUGGAACUGCUAGGAGUGCCGUGCAAAGUAUUUUCACUUCGUUCUCUUCAGUUUCUUCAGGAAUUCUAAGUCUCAAUCAGUCUGCAACUAGUUUCAAAGAUUUUAGAGUUUAUGCUGAUGUUGGUGAGAGAGAGAUCAAGGUAAGGGUUGAUGUUUCUGGUGCAAGGACACAAGAAAUUUUUGAUGAUGUUUUCUCCAAGCUUGUUGAUGCUGCACAACCAAUUCCUGGUUUCAGGAGAGUUAAAGGAGGGAAAACGCCAGAGGUUCCUAAAGAUGUUCUUAUACAAAUCAUUGGACCUUCUAAAGUGAAGAAGGAGACAAUCUUGCAGGUCAUAAACACCACAGUUAACGAGUAUGUUUCAAAGGAAGGUCUAAAUGUGACUAAAGAACUAAGAGUGGAGCAGAGCUAUGAUGAAAUAGAAGCUGCAUUCAUUCCUGGAGAGGAAUUCAGCUUUGAGGCAAUUAUUGGCCUUCAACAAACGAGCAAAAGUUGAUCCCGAUAAUUAAGAGUAAAGCUCUUAUUCUCAUACGUUAAAACAUAACCACAUUCGGACAUUGUUUAAUGAGAUCAAAUAUGCAAAUUCCUGUAAAGUUUCGUCCAUCUUUUAUGUUACAAAAUGAUCACAUCUGAACUAUUGGUGACCAGGUAUGCAAGAAAUUUAAGUUGUUGACUUGGAAUUUUAAGCAUGCCUGAAUCUUUUAUAUGUAUCAAUGUUUGUAUCGUUCAAAAAACCUGAAUAGUCAAUACAUGGGAGGAAGUGUCCAAUGAUACUUCAUGGAUGCCUAGUCUAGAACUGUUUAACCUUGAAUAUGUUACAUUUUUUUCAAUAACUUGCUUUACUCAACAUGGCCUAACCAAUUCG